UGAAGCAUUAGCCAGGCCCAUGAAACCCUAAAAUCGCAAUCCGUUAAAAUUAGGUUUUUCGCCAUAAAAACCACAGAGGCGGCCAUAUUAAGGCUUACAGGAGGCUGUGCUUUAUCAAAUCCCCCACCCUUGUUGAUUGCUUCCACAUUUCACCUGUAAGAAAUGAAGCAUAACAAUGUUAUUCCCAAUGGCCACUUUAAGAAGCAUUGGCAGAACUAUAUCAAGACCUGGUUUAACCAGCCAGCUCGCAAGACCAGGAGAAGGAAUGCAAGGCAAAAGAAGGCUGUAAAGACCUUCCCUCGUCCAACAGCUGGACCUCUUCGUCCCAUUGUUCAUGGGCAGACACUCAAGUACAACAUGAAAGUUAGGGCUGGCAGAGGAUUCUCUCUUGAGGAGCUCAAGGCUGCAGCUAUCCCUAAGAAAUUGGCUCCCACCAUUGGCAUUGCGGUUGAUCAUCGUCGCCGCAAUCGCUCCCUGGAGGGCUUGCAGACAAAUGUGCAAAGGCUGAAGACGUACAAGGCUAAGCUUGUUGUCUUCCCAAGACAUGCACGCAAGUUUAAGGCUGGUGAUUCUGCUCCUGAGGAGUUGGCUACUGCAACUCAAGUCACAGGCUCAUACAUGCCUAUUGCACGUGAGAAACCAGCUGUGGAACUUGUUAAGGUUACCGAAGAGAUGAAGUCAUUCAAGGCCUACUCCAAACUUCGUGCAGAGAGGACAAAUGAGCGUCAUCUUGGUGCUAGAUUGAAGAGAGCUGCUGAGGCUGAGAAGGAAGAGAAGAAGUAGAGUGUUCUACUGUUCCAGUCUUCCAUGUUUUGUCUUCUCACAUUAUGAAUUUGAUCAACCGACUUGCUUAAUUAUCUUAGGACACAUCUUUUUAUAUUAUAUCAGCGAUGGAGUUUCUAUGCGUGGA